AUGGCAGUAAGUGUUGUAGAGGAUUUCUUUAACCAAGGUGAAGAAAAUAAAGAAAAAAGAGGAUACAUAAUCUAUGAUGUGGAUGAGAAAAGUAGAGGACCACCGACCCGACUGCCUCCUUCAGGAUGGGGCAUGACUGUGAUAUCAUCCCCAAAUGAGGAACAAUAUAAAGGAUGGAGGAAGCAAAAAGGGGCUUAUCGAAUCGUUAUGAAUUGUCCAACUGUGCGUGAAAUCAAGGCCAUAUGUGCAUGGGAAAAGCGCAACCAAUCCAAUGAACUUAAAAGCCAUUGGAAGAAAAUAAAGGAACGUAUUAAUAAUAUUGGACCACUUCCACGUCAUAUUUUUGAUGAUGGUAUGUAUCGUGAUCGGUGCAAUGAAGUGCAAGAUACGUUGGAUCUCAUUAACGAAUCCAAUAUUUCAGAGUACAAAAAUAUCCUCAGAGGUAUUGGUGAAUGGAAAGAUAAGAGUCCAUCCCAUAAACUAGUAAAAAUAUACCGUGUUGUCAUUAAUUGUCGCGAUGUCCCAAGGAAUAAGUCGAUUACUGUUGCUUUGGGCUUUCAGAUAGUUGCUAGAGUGAUUAUGAUUUUGAAGUCCCCUGUUCUGAAUGUGGUUUUCACCGACAAGGGUGUGAUCAUUGCCGAAGGUUUUCAACGGUAUGGUGUUAAUGCUUUUACAGAUAAAAAUUUUGUGACUGCACUUAGUGAAGUACUGCAAAUAAUUCAACCACCUAAAGGUCGAGUGAGUCAGCAGAGUGUUCUACAACGGAGAGAUUUGAUUACAUGUGCUAGUGAUGGGUCUCUCUCCUUUCCCACCAGUAUAAAAGAUGAGAAGAAGAGGAUAGAGUACAAUAUGCUUUACCAUCCUUCUAUAUCUAAUUUCCCUCUGGUGGAUGCCUUCUACUUUGUGAAAUCUGCAAGAGGGAAGGUUACAAUGGUUGGAAUACAAACGACAACUGCCAAAAGACAUGAAACUACAGCUAGUAAAGUAUGUAAAUUCAUUGAAUAUCUUAAAAAUUGUUUUUCUGACUGGACUGUUAUUUCCAAGAAAGUAUCAUGGGAGAUCAUUUACUUGCAACCCUACGACACCGAUAAGAGCAAACAAAUAAAAGAAUGGCAAGGAUGCACUUUUAAAAAAUCACAGCAGUAUACCGCCACGCCACAGAACUCUAUUAUCAAAUUCUGGAAGGAAAAGGUAAAUCAGUAUCAAGUGAGCAUGUCACAGUCAAUGAUUAUAUGGCUUAUUGAGGCUUUAAUGGCGAUGUAUUAA